AUGGCCGCCAAUCCCGAAAUCAGCUUGAUCGACUAUCUUCCGCCUGUCAAAGUCACACCCAACGAGGAGAAAUCAUCCGCCGACUCGCCAAAGUUGAAGCCAGCCCUUACUCCCAUUGAAAAGAAACUUGCAGAGAUCCUUCCUCCUCGCGAAUAUGAGCAAAAUGGUCAGAAAUUCUUACAACUUGUAUCUCCCCGUCAGGCCACUCGAAACGCUAUCUUGACAAAAGAAAAACUGCUGGAUUCUCGACUUGAAGAAGCUGAGGCACGAGAACGAGGAAUUUGUCUUGCGCGACGCGAAAUCUAUUCAGAAUUGAUGGAUGAAUUAAUCAGACAAAUUGCAAUUAGCUCUACCGAAACUGGUGCUCUUCUUGUUCAGAUAAGAGAUGAAAUCAACAUGACCCUGGCCGGCUAUGAGACAAUUGUCGAGUCCGCGAACGGGUUCGGCUCUCGUAAAGCUUUACAGUCAGAACUUGGAAAAGAAGAGAAACAUGCAGAGGUCCAGGAAUUACAAGACGAAGUUGAUUCAUUUAAAAAACAAAUUCAAGUUCUCAAGGUUAAUCUUGAAACAGUGAGCCGCCGGGAGCAGGAAGAAAAGGAUGCUCUCAUACGCCGACAGCAAGAAGAAUUACAGUUCCUCAAGCGAAACAACCAACAGCUAAAAGCUCAAGUCGACUCAAUCCAAAGCAGCCGCAAGUGA